AUUGGCUUCACUGGUUGUCAAUCAACGUGCGAGCAGAGUUUGUGGUUAGGCGUCAGGUGAAACUCAACUCACUCUGGAAAAGAGGGGACAGAUAAAAUUUACUUCGUCUGAACUUUCUGAAAAGUUUUAUACUAUUUAUGAAUUUAAUCACCAAAGGAUACUUUUAAUACUGGAAGCCAACACGUUACAAGAUGAAGAGCCUCAAGUAUCGAUUGAAAAAGCACGAAGUUAACAUCACAAACACAGACUGGAACAAGUAUGAUGAUCGGCUGAUGAAGGCCGUGGAACGGAGCGAGGUGGACAAGGUGGCUGCUGUUCUCAGCAAGAAGGGCAUCAUCCCCACCAAGCUCGACGUGGAAGGACGCUCAGCGUUUCAUUUGGCUGCAACGCGAGGACACCUUGACUGUCUCAAUCUCAUCCUGGGACACAGUGUUGAUGUCACUGCGAGUGAUGCCACUGGUAAAAGUGCUCUUCACCUGGCUUCAAGAAACGGACAUUCUCUGUGUGUGCAGAAACUCUUGCAGCACAACAGUCCAGUUGGAAAUGUGGACCUACAAGGACGAACAGCUCUACAUGAUGCUGUCAUGGCUGGCUGCUCCUCCAGCGUGAAACUUCUCUGUGACAGCGGAGCUUCUGUGAAUACCACUGAUUUCGAUGGCAAGACACCUCUGGUGCUGGCAACCCAGAUGUGUCAUCCACAUAUCUGUGAGCUGCUGCUGGAGCGAGGGGCAGACAUCACCAUCCGGGACAAACAAAACAAGACGGCGCUGAUUCUGGGCUGCGAGUACGGCUGUAAGGAUGCAGUGGAGGUGUUGCUGAAGAGCGGCGCCGACAUGAAGGCAGUUGACGGCUUGGGUCACGAUGCAUUUCACUACGCUCGCCUCAGCAAGAACAUGGAGCUUGUUGCGCUGGUCAAAAGUUACCUCGACAAAGCCACCAGAGAUAAGGAGGCUGCAAAGAUGGAACAGUGGAAGCGACAGCAUUCAGCGGAGAGAUCGGAGGCAGCUGAGGUUAACAAAAGGGAUCAGAUCAUACACGACUUGGAGAGGCAGAACGAGACCAUGCAGGAAAAUCUCAGGAAGUACCACCAGGAUCAGAGAGCCCUGUUAGAUAAGGUCAACAUGCUGCAGCAACAGCUCACACAGGAAAAGAUCACUGUGGAAGACACUCAAAAAGAGAAGGAGCAGUUGAAGGUGUUACUCAGUGCCAAAGAAAGAGAAGAAGGAGCUCGAGGCCUGGAGACUGUCAAGGUCCAGCUCCGGAGUACAUUGGGGGACUACUCAGGGCAGUCUGUUAUCAAAGGUAAAGAAAACAUUUUGGUCAAACAAGCUCACAGCCUGGAUUCUGAUCAGAUGCUCCAGAAUGCUGUCGUAUCACGUUCCCUGUCCCGACCUCCAGAGAAAAGUCAGCCCACUGUAGGCUGGGACGUCUCUGCUGAACUGGAUGCACUCCGGCGUGAACUUGAGGCAGUCAAGAGAAAACAACAGGCAGCAGAGGACGAGACGGCACGCCUUCAAUCUGCCCUAAACCGUAAAAACCGAGAGUGCCAAGAGCUGGCUCAGAGCCGAGACACCAUCCAGAAACAGGCCGACCAGCAGGUUCAAGAACUGGAGGACGCCUUGGGGGACGUCCAGAAGAGGAUGCUGGAUUCUGAGUGUAAGGUCAAACAGCUGCAAGCCCAUGUAGUAGCCGUUAAGGAACACUUAGGAGGCCAGGCAACAGAAGAACUGCGCGCCCAGCUCCAGGACAUCAAAGCCAAGUAUGAAGGUGCUUCGGCCGAAGUGUGCCGCGUUCGUAACCGCCUCAAGCAGAGCGAGAAGGCCUUGGAGGAGUACAAGAGCAGCGAGAACCAGCUAGCAACAGAGGCAGAAAAGCUGAACCAAGAGCUGGAAGCUCUGACUGCAGAAAGAGACGAACUAGCAGAAACCCUUUUAGAAAUGGAAACCCAUUUGAAGGAGACCCAGACUAAACAUGGCAACACAGUGCCAGCUGAGAAGUUUGACAACAUGAAAAACCUGCUGACAAACGCGGUAGACGAGAAGGAACGGCAGAUCGCUGAGCUGAGGGAAGACUAUGAUCGCGUGCUGGAGGAGGUGGCAGAGCUCCAUCGAAAGCUGGACACUCCGUCAUCCCAGGGAGGAUCGGGGGCGAUGUCUGCUGAGGAGCAACAGAGGAUACGGGCAGCCCUCGAAGAGCAGAAUGAGUCAUUGAAAAGGAAACUGGUCGAUGUGACUAACAAAAGCCAGGCUCUAAUUAAGGAGGUCGGCGAGAGCGAGGAGGAAAGAGAGAUACUACGAGAGCAGCUGGAUGAGAUUAACAGCAGGAUCGAGAGCGACUUCGUACCCAUGAAGGUGCACGAUGAAGCCCGGGCGAACAUGGUGACAGCUUUGGAGGAGCUGGAGGACAAACUGGUGGAAGCAAGCGAACGUUACGGAAAAGCAGAGGCACAACUCCAGCAGCUUCUAACCGAGAGGCCCACGCUGCAGGAAAACAUCAGCAGACUCCAAAGCGCAAGUGAGAGACACCUGAGUGAAAUGGACACUCUGAGAUCUCAGAAUGCCGACCUGACGAAGAAACAUGAACUUUUGCAGAGGAAAUGUGAAGACAAAGAUAAAGAGUGUGCACAGCUGACCACGCAGAGCCAGGCUCUGAAACAAAGCUUGGAGGUAGAGUAUGUUCCCAGACAGCAGCACGAGCAAGUCAAGAUGGAGUUAAGUUCCACCUUAGAGAGUGUUAAAGCGGAGAUGUUGAAGUUGGAGACCAAGGGGAAAGAAAGUGCGGGAGAAUUGAAGAAUGCGAAAGAAGCAAAUGACACGUUGAAAGAAAAGUUGGAAAAAGUCCUGUCGGAGAUGAAAAAGGACUAUGUGAGCGUAAAAGACCACAAAGCUAUCACCGACAAGUUGAAUGCUGCUGUGGUCGAAGCAGAGAAGAGAGCAAACGAAGUGUCUGGGAUGUAUGCGUCGGCUCGGGAGGAAUCGGUAAAGCUUACCCAAGAACUGGAGGCGCAGAAGAAAGAACUUGAUACCAUACAGGAAGCUAUUCAGUCCAAGUUUAUCCCACUGACAGCGGCUGAGGAAAAAGAACACUCUCACAGUGCCCAGGUGAAGGAGUUGACGGUCAAACUGUUGGAAAUGGAAGAGAAGUAUAACACAGAAAGGUCUGCCAGAGAGAGCAACAGACAGGAGAAAGAUAAACUAAAAGUUGAGAUUGAAUCGGUUCAACAGAGACUUGACUCUGCUGUUGUUACCAGUGAAAAGCACAAGAAUGUGGAGGAAGAGCUCAAGGGUAAGUUUGAAGAAUUAACUCGGAAGUUGGUCAGGGUAGAGCAGCAGCACAAGGAGGCAACACUUCAGAAUGCUGAUCUUCAAAACCAGAACGCCCUCAGCAACGCUCAGAUCCAGAAUCUCCAGGAGCGUCUGAAAUCGGAGUUGACUCGAAUAGCAACAUACGACACGGAGCUUAAAGCCCUCCAUGACGCCAUGCAGCAAGCCCAGGCCGACUGCAAGAAAGCAAGAGAGGCUCAGCAGGAGGAGGCCCAGAGGGUUUGUGCUUUACAGAAAGAAGUUCAGGAACGCUGUGGGGAAGAGGCAUCUCUGCUGCAACAACAGGCCGAGGCCAAGGAUGCCCUGGAGGCUGAGGUCGCCAAGCUUCGAUUGGCUCUCCGUGAAGAGGAGGAGAACAACGCCCAGAGGGCUGAAGACGUAUCUGCCCUGCAAUCUGAGCUCCUUCAGGCCACACAGGCUCUGGAGGACAUUCGCUACAAGGAAGACCAAAUGAACCAGCUGAAGAAGGAGAAGCAGCAGCUGGAGGAGGAGGCUGCCAACCUGAGCAACAAGCUACUGAGCUUGGCUAAGGAGAGUGAGGAGGCCCAUCGGGAGGCAUCGCAAGCAAGGGAGGGUGAGAGCAGGGCCCGGGCCGAGAUGGAGGCCGUCCAGGAGAAGGGACGUGCAAUCGAGAAAGAAAUUAGGGAGCUGAAAGAGAGAUACGAUGAGUCGCUCAGCACCAUCUGUGAUCUUCAGAGGAGGAUUCAGACAUCAGCUCAGCAGACUGAAGCCAAAGACAAGAAGAUCACAGAGUUGCUGACAGAUGUUGAGCGAUUGAAGCAGGCACUGAACGGUCUGUCCCAGCUGGCAUACACAAGCAACGCGCCCAACAAGAGACAGACGCAGCACAUCGACACACUCCACGGCCAGAUCAAGAGCCUACAGCAACAGCUGGCUGAUGCUGAGAGGCAACACAGGGAGGUGGUUUCAAUUUAUCGAACUCAUCUUCUCAGCGCAGCACAGGGCCACAUGGAUGAGGACGUCCAGGCCGCCUUACUGCAGAUCAUCCGCAUGAGACAGGAGUUUGUGUGUUAAAGCUUCCUCCAACAAAACAAAAUGCUACCUGCUGACUCAAAUUCACCAAUCUCACAUUUCCCGCUGUAGAGUUCCCCUGCCGUGGCCCCUGUGGGUGCCCGGUGUGCGGCAACAUUUCUCCAAACAGGCUGCUCUGAAAUCCUUUUAUGUUUUUUUUUUUUUUAGUACGGCUGCACUCGGUUCCCAGAUAUCUAAUUCUCUGUGUUGUAGGUGAAAGUGAAUAACUGUAGAUUUUUAGAUACAAAUAUGUUAUUUCAACUUAACUAGAAAGCUCAUUUUACAUAAAAAAAAAAUACAUUGUAUCAGUUACUGUAUCAAACUGACCUGUGAAAUCAUUUUGACUCAAUGAUUUACAUGUAUGCAGGAACAUUUCCACAAGAUCUUACAGUGCCGUAUGUGAAAGUGCAACGCCAUACAUUUCUGUCAAAUCUAUUUUGAAUGGUGCAAAUCUGCAUUUUCAUGCUGCUUUGACUCAUUAUAUUCAGUGAUAUGGGGAGUUAUUUGACAUGUAGGUCCCUUUAAUAGAUUACUCGCUCUUGAAAUUCUCAGUUGAAAUGUUAAAUGGACAUCAACACUAAGACCACUUUUCACAUUCCCACCUGACAGCUCUCAUACAGUGUAUUUUCGUAUUUGACAGCAACAUUUGCUCAAAUUUGAGGGAUAGGUUCAAAUUUUCUCAAGUGGACCUUUAAAAGUCUGAACACUGAAAUAGGUUUUGCUUGUUGUAAUUAUUCCUCUUGUUCAUACUAAGUCUAAAAAUCCUUUAAAAAAGAAUUGAGUUAUUGAUCGCUGAUUUAACUGGCAGUGAAGAGACAUCUUCCUUACAUGAUUAUAAUGUAAGAUAUGACUCCGUGCAAAAAAAACAUUUUAACAUUUAAGCAGAGCUAAUACAAGGCUUCAGGAGUAUGAAUAAGUCUAUCAAGUGGGUUUCUUUCAAGGUUACGAUCUUU